UAGGUGGUCAUUUUCCAUUAUGGCGCAACAAGAAAGAAGAAAGAAAGAAAGUAUUUUAGAACUGUCAAAAUUCAUUGACAAAACAAUUCGUGUGAAGUUCCAAGGUGGACGAGAAGUCAGUGGUCUAUUAAAAGGAUAUGACCCACUCCUAAACUUAGUAUUGGAUGAUGCUACUGAAUUUCUAAGAGAUCCUGAUGAUCCAUACAAGCUAACAGAAGACACAAGGCUCCUUGGAUUGGUCGUAUGUCGUGGGACGUCUGUGGUACUUAUAUGCCCUGCAGAAGGCAUGGAACCAAUUGCAAACCCGUUUGUACAGCAAGAAGGUUGAGAUGAAAAUGAGCCACACCAAGAACAUAACUCAAAGAUUGAAGAGAAUGUAUAAACUGAGCUUGUAAAAUUUGGAACAAACUUUUCAAUGUUUCCAGAUUUGAGAAUGGCUGUCAGAUUUGUAGAAAGAUUCAACAUUCAUUUCAAGCCAUGAUUCCAGAUAAGUCUCCCCUGUCUUGCUUCAUCAGGUCAUGUACCUUAUGUGUUAUACAAUUCAUUAUGCACCUUAUAAGAUUUUAUUUUUUAUGCUUAUUGAGUGUCCAUCUGCCAAAAUGUUCAACAAGUUUUAUUAGGUAAUUUUUACCUCCAAGAUGGGCUUCAUAAUUAUGUUUGAUUGUGAAAGUGCUGCUGAGAAUUCCAUCACUACCAUUUGUAGGCCAAUUAACCAUCAUAAGCAAAGAUAUUCUAAUUAUAUAAUAUGUUUGUUUAUUUUUUUUAAAAAGAAUUUUAUGUAUGCAUAUUUGUUUUAGCAUUUUAUUCUGUGAUGAUUAAAAUAUAAAUGAGCAUCCAUGAAAGCAGGAAAAGUAGUCAAAUACUGCCCUCUAUAAUAUAUUAUAUCAGUUUUACAAUUAUGAAGUAACUUACAAUACAUUUUAACACAUUCUUUUUGAAAUUUCUUAUUUUUUGAACAUAUUUUAUUUCAAAUAAUGUCUCAUUUUUUUAAUAAGGAUAUUGUGAUUUUAAAAAACAUUUUAAAGCUUUAGUUUUGGGAUUUUUUUAAACUGAUAUUUCAUUCCAAAUAAUGUAUCUGUGAGAUGAACAAAGAAAAAAAACAUUUUGUUAAUAAAGAGUUGUAGAUAUGCUUGUA